UGUUUGUUUCUGAUCUCCGACAGCAGGGGAGUGGAUCAGCGACGCUUCAGAGUGUUGGACGUGGAUGCAAAAGGCAAUCUAUAUCUUUACAAGACGGCGUUGCUCUGCAAGAACGAAAUUAUCAAACGAUUGAGAAAUGGGACGUACAGUUUGGCAGAGCAAACGGAACUAGGUAUGAUAUUUCUCUUUUAUUUUUUAAGACAUCGAUAUAAACUUAUCAAGAAAAGCGAGGUUGACUUAAAUACUAGUGUACUUUUCACCUCAUGCCCUUGCAUUUCACGUUUUAUGCCAUUUAAUGUCAUCCUUUCACGAUUGGGAAUUUCAAAAUGUGUCUGUACUUUUGUUGCGUACUUUCCCCGAAAAAUGAAACCCUUGUCUUGAGUGCACCUUUAACCAGGUCGAAGUUUCUUGGAUUACUUUUUCAUAUUCCUCUUCUUCCUUUUAAAAACCAAAUAUUUUUGUAUAACUGAGUCUUGAAUUGCAAGAGACCCAGCACCAAUCUGUGAUCCAACAAAAUAAUUGAGCUGGAGUUAUACUUCUGAGAAAAAUAGCGGAUUAGAUACCCUUAAUUUUAUUCUUUCGCCCGAGAUUUACCAGCGUUCAGUUAUAUAAAUACAAUCCAAAAAUCAUUUAUGAGCAAAUUUGAUAGGAAUGCCCUCUGGCUACAUUUCUAUCUUGUUUUUAUAGACUUCAUAGGAUUCUCCAAAUAGGAUUGUCCAAAGACUUAGCAGUGCUGAACUGUAAGGUGCUCAAAGAGAAGUCCCCUAACGCCGUGUCAGGCGUCUAUUGGAUAGAUCCUGAUGGCGGUUCCCGUAGUAACGCUUUCCAGGUCUACUGCGACCAGCAAACAGACGGAGGGGGCUGGACGCUAAAGAUUGGUUCUUGGGAUAUCAAUGCCUGA